AUGCUUGCCAAAACCACGACUCUUAUCGGCAUGCUGGGUGCUUUGGAGGGCGCAUCCGCUCUCCACGUCAAGCCCCGACAGAUUCUGGGCAACGAGGGCGAGAACAUCGCCAGCCGCGUUCAAGGAGGAGCAAAAAUUGGUGACCUGUGCCACCCUGCCGGCACGUACGCGCUCGGCGGCAAGAAACUCAUUGAUCCUUGUAUCGCUGAGCAGGCAAUUUCCGUGAAGUGCGAGAGACUCACCCAGAUGAUGACGGCGCCUAAUGCCGAGAGGCGCAAGGCGUAUCAUGCCUGUCUCACAGGAGGCGGAAGCUCCUUCAUCAAAGACGUCAAAGCUUGUAUGGUCUGCAAACGCGAGUUCAGCCACAUGACCAAGGAUCAGUUUACCUGGUUCGACGAUAAAUGGACCAAAGGUUACGAGGCUUUCGCGAAGGACGCUGAGCCACAGUUCGCGAUAUGGAGUUAUGUCCAAAGAGCCAUCGAUGGCGAUAGUUGCACCAAGCAGGGAGACAAUCAGCGAAAGCUUAACGGUUGGGCAUGCUGGGAUCAGCUUCCUAAACCUGUGCUCAACGAUACCGCCGUCAAUGCCACUGCUGGCGGCGUUGUCACCAGCAACGCAACCCAGAAGUUAAACGUAACCGCCCUGGACUACUACAAGGACCGUCCGGCAACCCAGAACAUUGGAAAGUUUACUCUCGAAGGCAAGCAGUACCCCGAAACGGGAUCAGUCGAGCUCGGCCUCCUGGUGCCUACCUUUGAGAUUACCGCCAACCUCGGAUACUACUCCUCUGCAAGAGUGCAGCCCGGCAAGUUCGAGGCCAACAUCACCAACGGCAAGGUGGAAAUCAUCACCGAGUACCGUGAAAUAAAGGCCGUUUGUAACUUCACCAAGCCAGACGAAUUCACCAUUCUGCCGCUCAUUACUGGUCCCGUUCCCGUCAAGGACUCCGUCGUCGUUGUGGCCAAGAAAGACGCCGAUCAGCUCCCCAUCGCCGUUUGCGACAAGUCCUGCCGCGCUGAGGCUCCCGCCAUUGAGAAAAUCCAGGAGACCGCUGCCAAGCCCGCCCAGGUGGUCAACAAGGAGGUCGCUAAGGCUUGUGAGCCUGCAUUGAAGGCCUUGGAGAGCAACAAGCCCGUCAACAAGGAGUCUGUGAACGCUGUUGUUGAAAAGGUCAAGAUCUCGACUGAGAUUGCUGCCCCUGAAACUUUCAAGCCAGUGGUCGCUCCCCAGGCGCCUGUACAGACGAUUGGGGGCGGCAACAAAGGCGAUGUUGCUGCUCUUGAUCAGAACAAGCCCGCUACUGUUGUUGAUCAGACCAAGCCCAACUGCCCCCAGCCUUCUUUCAAGGUUACCAUCUGCCAGUUGCCCGGUGCCAAGGACUGCAAGGAGUUUGAAUACAAGGCAGUGGCGUAG